CGCUUCCGCGCUCUGUCGCGCAUGAAGGCACGUUGGUUGGGGCAAAAGGAAACAUGGCGGACGCCGCUGAGGGAAGCUCGAUGCAAAACACAGACACAGAAAAGCACGAAGAUUCGAGUAGUGACGAUGAUAACACCAAUAACGACAGUGGCGAAAAUCAGGAGGCGACAAAGACCUUCCGAGACCUAGGUGUCACCGAUGUACUCUGCGAGGCAUGUGAUCUGCUGGGAUGGAAGAGUCCAACAAAGAUUCAGAUUGAAGCUAUACCAGUGGCACUGCAAGGUAAGGAUGUCAUCGGGUUGGCUGAGACUGGAUCAGGAAAGACGGGUGCCUUUGCUCUGCCCAUCCUCCAAUCACUGUUGGCCUCACCCCAGAGGCUUCAUACCCUCGUGCUCACUCCCACCAGAGAGUUGGCCUUUCAGAUCUCAGAGCAGUUUGAGGCCCUCGGUUCAAGCAUUGGCAUCAAGUGUGCUGUUGUAGUUGGAGGAAUUGACAUGAUGUCGCAGUCUUUGGUGUUGGCCAAGAAACCACAUAUUGUCAUUGCCACACCCGGUCGACUGAUAGACCACAUGGAGAACACAAAGGGCUUCUCCUUGCGAGCGAUAAAGUUUCUUGUCAUGGAUGAAGCAGACCGAAUCCUCAACAUGGACUUUGAGGCUGAGGUGGACAAAAUCUUAAAAGUGAUUCCCAGGGACAGGCGCACCUUCCUUUUCUCGGCAACAAUGACCAAAAAGGUCCAGAAACUACAGAGGGCUGCUCUGAAAGACCCAGUCAAGUGUGCGGUUUCUACCAAGUACUCGACAGUAGAAAAACUGCAGCAGUAUUACAUCUUCAUACCAUCCAAGUACAAGGACUGUUAUCUGGUGUCCAUCUUGAACGAGCUGGCUGGAAACUCCUUUAUCAUUUUCUGCAGCACCUGCAACAGUGCCCAGCGGGUGGCGCUCUUGUUGAGGAACCUUGGCAUCACUGCCAUCCCUCUUCAUGGUCAGAUGAGUCAGAAUAAACGUCUCGGCUCGCUAAACAAGUUCAAGGCCAAGUCUCGGUCAGUGCUGCUGGCUACUGACGUGGCAUCCAGAGGACUUGACAUUCCGCACGUUGAUUGCGUCAUCAACUACGAUAUCCCAACACACUCGAAGGACUACAUUCACAGAGUCGGGCGGACAGCAAGAGCAGGACGGUCGGGGAAGUCUAUCACAUUUGUCACCCAAUAUGAUGUGGAGCUUUUCCAGAGAAUUGAAAGCCUGAUAGGAAAGAAACUUCCUGCCUUCCCCACCCACGAGGAGGAGGUGAUGAUGUUGGUGGAGAGGGUCAGCGAAGCCCAGCGGUUUGCCAGGCUGGAAAUGAAGGAACAAGGUGAAAAAAGAAAAAGAAACAGAAACCGUGCUUGCGACGAGGAUGACACUGAGCAAGCAAGUGGCGUGAGGAAGAAGGUGAAAGGAGGCACGGGAGCAAGACAAGGAGGCGGGAAGAAGAGGGGCGGCGCUGCCUUCAGAGGCAAACGCAAAGGCCUCUGACUAUUGACUGGACCUAUUGACUGGACAUAACCGCAACAUUAAAUGUUUUUUUCAAGUCAAAACUGGAUUAUGACGACACCCAGUUUUCUUCCCAUUAUUUUGGAAAGAUAUGACUUUUUAAUUCCACACAAACAGCCUUUUGUCAUUGCAUUUUUCCAACUGGAGUAAAAUUCUUCCACUUGAAACUUUCAUCAAAUGUUCUUUUUUUCUUUCUUUCCUGACCCCAGGGGGAGCUGUUACUCUGAAUAGUGCAGGAAAGCUGGUCCUCGGUUUAGGAUUUUCAGGUUACAAAUGGUAUGUGGUUUAAGAAUACGUCAACACAUGGCACUUGAAGGUACAAUUACUUACCGCUUUACUUCCCAUUUUUCAUUUGAGGUUUUAGAAUUAUGCCAUAGAUGUUUUUCAUCCAAAUACUUGCUGCAAUUACUAUAUUAUUCUACUAUCACGUUAGGCUAAGUUAAUAAUCGGCUACAUUCAUUCCGACUACAUAUUUGGGUUAUAUUGCCACCAUCGGAAUGGAACGCUCUUAAACCUACAAUGUACUUUUCUGUUUCUAACCCUCUGUUGAGCACAUGUUUUACUAUCUCGGCACACAACCAAAACAAAGACAAAAAAAAAUGAAGUAUUUUAUCAAGAUAAUGAUGAUCUUGGUGGCACGGUUGCUCAGCUUAAAAGCGUUAGCCUCACAGUUCUGAGGUCCCGGGUUCAAUCCCGGGCCCGCCUGUGUGAAUUUUGCAUGUUCUCCCCAUGCCUGUGUGGGUUUUCUCCAGGCACUCUGGUUUCCUCCCACAGGUCCUGACACUUGUGUGGGUAUGGAAAUGGAUGGUCUCGUGAAAUUUGGGGCAUUUGAAUUUAAUACACGCUUUUCUAUUGUAUAAAUAGUGGUAGGUGGAUACACUGGAUAAUUGUACCUUCUGCCAUCUCAUAGAAGAACAUUUAAUUGUUCUCCCUGCAGCCUGUCACUCUUUGUAUCCGGAUAAACCAAGUCUUUAUUUUUUUACUAAAUUAUAUUUUGGUUCGGCAACACUGGUAAGAGAGUCUGCCUCGCUGUUCUGAAGAGUAGGAUUCAAAUCCUGGCCCUGCCUGUGUGGCGGUUGCGUGUUCCCCUCAUGCCUGCGUGGGUUUUUUCCAGGCACUCCGGUUUCCUCCAACAUUCCAAAAACAUCCAUUAAUUAGAUACUCUAAAUUGCCCUUGGGUGUGACUGUGUGUGGGAAUGGUUGGUUGUUUUUCCUGCGGCCUGCGAUUGGCUGGCAACCAGUUGAGAUUGUACCCUGCUUCCUGCGCGAUGAUAGCUGGAAUAGGUUCUAGCACUCCCACAACCCUUGUGAGGAUAAUUGGUUCAGAAAAUGGAUGGUUUAUGUUUGGACCGAUUAAAUGAAAUCGGACAUUAGUGUCCCGUGAGAGCACAUCAGGUGUGCUGUGGGAAAUGUUCAUCUAGGUCUGGCAGCAAAUAAUUGCAUGUUUUACUUUACUAUACUAAGUAGAAAUACUACAUUUCAGUCUUUUUAGAGGUAGGAAAAGUACUCACACUAAGUACACAAUUUUGGAAAAUUGAUGAUGGUUAAAGUACCGAGUCAACUAAAAGUUAUCAGUACAGAUCUGAAAUGUGCUUAAGCACUGAAAUAGUGCUGGCUCUUUGUGUGGACCGUUAGGUUAAGGGCCCAAUUGGCAGUUGUGAUGUCAUUAAAAGAUGAAAGAUUAAAGGGACUGUCAAGUCAUGGUGUCUGUAGAGUAUUUGGUGAGUUGGAGCCCAUAAGCAGCUCUACGGAUGUGCGUCGUGUAACCACACGUCAUUUAUAUACAACACCUGUAUCUUGCUUCUCCUCACUGUUGUGCCACUUUCGUCAGUGCUCCCCAAGAUCUCUGUCAGUCAAUCGAGAGCUCAACGAUUGUAUUUGUCUUCUCGUUUUUUGUGUUAUGUCAUCCACGAAAGUUGGAAAAAGUUACAAGCCAUGUAACAAAGGAGUAGAAAGUACAGCUAUGUUUUCUAUUGU